UGAUACUGAGCAUUUCACUCUUAUUACUCUUCAUACAUUCUAUGAGAAGUGACUGCAUCAUCGACAACAGCAGCCAUGAAAAUAUCUGGGAAAUAAAGCUGCACACAGACCUUCUACGUUGGCAUCGCUACACGGAAUCUCCAAAACCAAACGAAACUGUGGAAAUUGGUGUUACUUUUAGUAUAAGAUCCUACAUUUUCGACAGCAAUGAAGAAGUAUUUAUGUUAAAUGUUAGGGCGGAUUUCGAGUGGCAAGACGAUAGGCUUAAAUGGAACCCGUCCGAUUACGGCGGCGUAAAUGAUACUGUUAUUUCAAGCAUGAAUAUUUGGGCACCAGGUAUGAGGCUUCUCAAUGUUGUUGAUGAGGAUGAUAGUGAAAGAUAUUACUAUACGUCUUGCCAAAUCAAAAGUGAUGGACAGGUUGUAUGUAGUCCCAGAAUCUAUUUGAGAACUUGGUGUACGCUGAAACUGGCCAAAUGGCCGUUAGAUACACAGACGUGCCUGGUAGACUUUGGUGAUUGGCGUAUAAAUGGUAAAGUAAGGUUCAAAGUAAAGAAUCCUUUAGUAGAUUUUGUCCGUGGCAAUGUGCAAUGGCAAGCUGUUGAUAUUAAGCAAGAAAAUAUAGCCGACUCGAAUAUACAAAUACGACUUACUUUCAUUAUAAAACGUAAUGGAUCUUCUCUUGUACUUGCUGUCGUACAUCCUUGUGUAAUUCUUUCUGUGUUUACUACAAUCUGUUUGUUAUUGAACGUGCGAGAUGGCUUACGUUUACAAAUGAUUUCUUUUAGUCUUGUGUGUCACUUGUAUCUUUUGUCAGCGAUUGAUGACUUUGUUCCAAUACGAGGUACUGAUCCUCCUACUAUACUUCUCUUCUACCGAGGAUCGAUAGCAAUAACUACUAUUGGUAUUAUUUUAACGUUUGUACUACAUGGGAUAUGUGAGAAAAAGACAUUGCCUCCCGCUUGGCUUUCGUCAGUGAAUGAAGUUGUGUUAGUAAUUCGCGAGAAACUACUAAUGUGGCCGCGUUGGAAAUGUAAGGAAGAGAAACACUCGCAGGAAUGGACGGAUUUCGCAACUUUAGUAAAUAUAGUUUACGUUGUUGUAAGUAUUGUAGCUUACAUAAGUAUGUAUUUUAAAUUUAUACCCUAAUAUAAUUAUAUGAGCGUAAACAUUAAUAUUGAAAUUAAAAUAAAUUCACAAACAUCCAUAAACUUGAUUCUAAUGUAAUGAUCUUAUGCUUACGCGAAUGUUAGCCUUUGAAAAAAAUUUUUUUUCGGGUUAUAUCGCUGUUUUUAUAUAACAUUUUUCUCGCGACGUUUCGAAGACUUUGCAGCCUUUAUGGUCACGGGGGAGACUGAGGUGUUGAUCGUGCGAAAAGUUAAAGGUACAAUAUCUAUCUACAUUUUAAAAUAAUACAUCAUUUUUCAAAGUUUAAACUGUUGACAGCCCGAUCUACGCAGAAUUAGCUCAUUGUCUUGAAGUUGAAACCGCGUUGAAAUCCAAAAAAUAGUUUUAUUCCAAUUGAGUCAUUUUUUUUUGUUGAUACUGCUUAAAUAAAAAAUACAU